UAGAGUACACACACGGGCACAAUCAACGUGUUUGAAGGAACAAAACAUUAGACUAGAUCAAGAAAACACCGACACUUAGAUCUAUCCCGUCAUGGCUAAAGACAAAAGAACUAAAAAAUUUGCUCAAGUUAAAAGAUUACUUAGCCUGAAAGAUGCACGAUUGAAGGCAAAAGACCGCAUAAAGAAAAAGAAAAAGAAGGCAAACCCAGAAAAUAUUUCUAUUCGAGAUUUGCCCCAGUCAUCCUCAGCAAUGUAUUUUAACUACAACACACAACUUGGGCCUCCCUUCCACAUUAUCCUGGAUACAAAUUUCAUUAAUUUCUCUAUUAAGAAUAAAUUGGAUAUAGUUACCAGCAUGAUGGAUUGCCUUUAUGCUAAAUGCAUACCUUACAUUACUGAUUGUGUUAUGGCCGAGUUAGAAAAGCUUGGUAGAAAGUACAGAAUUGCCCUCAAGAUUGCUAAAGAUUCCAGAUUUCAUCGGUUAACGUGCAUACAUAAAGGCACAUAUGCUGAUGACUGCAUUGUAAAAAGAGUUACUGAAAGUAAAUGCUACAUUGUUGCCACCAAUGAUAAAGAUUUGAAGAAGAGAAUCAGAAAAAUACCUGGUGUACCAAUCAUGUAUAUAACUCAACACAGAUUUUCUAUUGAGAGGUUACCUGAUGCUUAUGGUGCUCCAAAGAUGUAAAACCAGUGGAAGUUUAUUAAUAAAUGUACAUAGUUUGUAAAAUAAAUUCUUCAUUUUAUUUUUUUUCUUU